AUGGAAGACGAUGACAUUACAGAAAACGGAGAGUACCAAGAGCACGUAGUCGACAAGAGCUAUGCUAAGGGCGACAAGGCGUAUGAGAGAGGUCAGAAGAACAGCAAGAAAGUAAAGAGUAAUGAAAUUAUGGAUGAUACCGGAAGAGAAGCCCAGGCAAGACGUGCCAAUAUGAAACUCGUGAAAAAUGCCGGAAGGGCAAGCAGAGAACGACGCGGUUAUAAGGACGAGGAGAAGGAUGACGAAAAAGAUGGGGAGAAAGAUGAGAAGGAUGAGAAGAAAGCGACUUGA